CGCGCCGCCACCUCGGCCGCUCCUACCGAACCGGCGCCAUGUGACCACUGUCUCACUCACCCCGACAUGUCACACUAAAACUUUCUCCAACAAUUCCAACAUCUAUCGUAGAAAUCGUGAGGCUGCAAAGCAAUACAAAUAAUCGUUAUAAUAUAUAGUAGUAAAGUUUAAAAUUAGUUCUAGUUUCCCGUAUAGUAUUUUCGACGUGUUUACGUAAAUGUCAAAGUAGUUGUGCUUAGCAUCGUCUAUAAUAUAAAGAUGAGGCAAUUACUGGUUCCUGUGCUGUUACUCGCGGCAGUCGCGCUCUCGUCAAGCAAUGUACUUCCAAUGACGUCCGCAGACCGCCUGGACACAAACGCCAUGAACGGCCAACAAUAUGACAAUAUAUUUAGUAAUAGAUACAAUACUAGGAAUGUCCUUGACACUAUGUUUUAUACAGUACCCGGCGGUACGUCACAAAGUACUCGACUGCUGAGAAAGAUAGGUAAAUACAAGAACACCAAUAACAAUCGGGCUAAAGAGAGUCUCAACGCGGUCGUUAAUGAGGAAGAUAAUUACGACGGCGAGGGGUUCCGGAAAGAACAAUGGCAUAACUAUCCGAGACAAUUGGACCGUCUCCACGAAUAUCUCCUCGAUUACCGCGAUGGCGAUAUGAAACGAAGUAUCGACACCGACGACCUUGGCAUGGAAGAAUAUGACGCAACAGAAUCUAAAGAGAAAAGUAGCAGUAAUAUAGCAACCAACGAAUACCUCCUUGAUAAUAAUGAAGAUAAACACAACACAUACGACGCAGUUAUAGCAGCCACUAACCCCUUUUUAAUACUUAAAGUACAUUUAACAUGUUUGAGUAAUCGACUUAAAAAAAUGCCUGAAACUAACCCAGAAGAGCUGUUUCAAACAGACUUGAAAAAAAAGACAAAUGAUGUGGAGGGAAGGCUGUUUACGAAUGAAAUUAACCCCGCGGCGAAAGUCAAACGAGAAGGCGUGACUGCACAGGAAAAUGAACUUUCAAAUGACAAUUCAUCGAGUAAGAAGAAGACAGUGAACAAACGGUUGUUUUCACUGUGGAGUAGAUUACAGAGUCUGUCGCACAAAGGACAUGAACUACCACAUCGGAGACAUCUGACAUUUUACGGCUUCCCUGACUCCGACGGUGGCGGGGCCCUGACCGCGGAGACCAGGGCCAUGAUGAGGCCCCCUGGGUCCCCCCUGCGGUGGGGAUAAUAUUGAAAUCAUUAUGAACAUGAGUCGAACUGGACGGCGCGGAUUCCGUCUUUAGAGUUUAUUUUAUUAACACUUACGAGUGAGUAAAUCUAAAGGAAUGAUCUUGUUGGUAUAUUUAAAUGAAACAGCAAUUUUGUUAUUUUUAAUUUGUUAUGUUUUCCUAGUUUACAACUUUUUGUGUCAGGAAGUUAAGUAGUACUAGAACAGAAAUAAAAUAAACAUUUUUGCCAGCGUACUCGUGUAGAGCAGGGAACACGAGCUGCAGUCAAGUGCCCGUUAAAAUAUGAAGUAGAGUGAAGUUACGAAUGCAGAAAAAACCAAGGUU